UGAUUAUGGGGGUGCGUCUUGACUGCCAUUGAUUUAGAUUUCGCCGUCGUCGAUAUACUCAUUUAUUUUUGUUUGAAUUUGUUCGGCGUGUUGGUCGUCGUCCUCAUUUGGUGAAAGUUUUGUUGUAUAAUAUCACCUAGGUAAGAGUGUUUCCUUAUUUGGACGAGAAUUGUUGACAAAAAUUCUGCAGUAAAUAUGGGAAAAGAGAAACAACACGUUUCCAUUGUCGUAAUUGGUCACGUCGACUCUGGAAAGUCCACGACGACUGGACAUCUCAUCUACAAGUGUGGAGGUAUUGAUAAGAGAGCCAUUGAGAAGUUCGAAAAGGAAGCGGCGGAAAUGGGCAAAGGGUCUUUCAAGUAUGCGUGGGUUUUGGACAAACUUAAGGCUGAGAGAGAGCGAGGAAUUACUAUUGACAUUGCUCUCUGGAAGUUCGAGACCGAAAAAUAUUUCUUUACCAUUAUUGACGCCCCUGGACAUCGUGACUUUAUUAAGAAUAUGAUUACUGGUACCUCUCAAGCUGACUUGGGUAUUUUGGUGGUUGCUUCUCCUCCUGGUGAAUUUGAAGCCGGAAUUUCUCAAAACGGUCAGACAAGAGAACACGCACUCUUGGCAUAUACUUUGGGGGUACGCCAAUUAAUUGUUGCCGUUAACAAAAUGGACGACAAAAACGUCAAUUGGUCGAAGGAUCGUUAUGACGAAAUUUCCAAGGAAAUGGACUUGUACUUGAAGAAAGUCGGAUACAAUCCUGCCAAGGUUCCGAAGAUCCCAGUGUCUGGUUGGACUGGAGACAAUCUGUUUGAGAAAGUGUCCGCAGAUCAUCCUCUCGGAAAGUGGUACAAGGGACCUUGUCUCUUGGAGGCUCUGGAUAUGAUUGAGCCACCUACUCGUCCAGUAGAUAAGCCUCUACGUCUCCCUCUUCAGGAUGUUUAUAAGAUUGGAGGUAUUGGAACUGUACCAGUUGGACGUGUAGAAACUGGUGUUCUUAAACCAGGCAUGGUGGUUACGUUUGCUCCUGUUGGUUUAACCACCGAAGUGAAGUCUGUUGAAAUGCAUCACGAAUCUAUUCCAGAAGCUCAACCUGGUGACAACGUCGGCUUUAACGUGAAGAAUGUAUCUGUGAAAGAGUUGAAACGUGGUUACGUUGCUGGUGACAGUAAGAAUGACCCACCAAAAGGUUGCGAGUAUUUCCGUGCGCAAGUUAUUAUUCUUAAUCAUCCUGGAGAGAUUCAUGCUGGAUAUACCCCUGUACUUGAUUGCCACACAAGCCAUAUCGCAUGUCGUUUUGCAGAGCUAGAGAAAAAAAUGGAUCGUCGCUCAGGAAAGACAGUUGAAGAGAAUCCGAAAGCAAUCAAGUCGGGAGAUGCGGCUAUGGUGAAGAUGAUUCCUUCCAAGCCCAUGUGUGUGGAAACUUUCACAGACUAUCCACCUUUGGGUCGUUUUGCUGUGAGAGAUAUGAGACAAACUGUGGCUGUUGGUGUUAUUAAGGAGGUGGAGAAGAAAGAAGUUGAAGGAAAGACUACGAAGGCUGCCGCAAAGGCACAGAAGAAGUAAAUUCGUGGAAUAUUUCAUAAAAUUUAUGUCUUUUGCUUUCCACAUAUGAAGUUUUUAGUAACUUGUUUGUUGAGUGUUUUGUCCAAUUAAAGAGGAGACAGGUUCGUAUGGAAAGCAUUCCAUGUUGUCAUCAAUAAAGUUUUGAGUUUGUGGAUUUGUCAAGAAGC